CAGAGAUUUUGAUUUCUUAAUGUGAAAUAAGGUGAUAAUACAUUCCAAAUUGCGGAGGUCAGAAGUCAGAAAACAAGGUGUCUGCAGGACCAACCUCUCCUCUGGAUGCUCUAGUGUGGACUCUCAAGACAAUAUACAGCAGUGCUUCUCAAAGUUAAACAGUAUAUGAGUGAUCUGGAAAUGAAGAUGCAGAUUUAAUGGGGCUGGAGAGAAGUCUGAGAUUCUCAAUUUCUAAUGAAUUAAAUUACAAAGAGGACACAGCACCACGGCUUCUCUUCCUCAGCACGGCGACAGGGGCUUCCCCUUCGCCGCCGCCGCCGCCGCCGGCCAAGCUCCGCCGCGCCCGCGGCCCGCGGCCGCCAUGCAGUUUAUGUUGCUUUUUAGUCGUCAGGGAAAGCUUCGACUGCAAAAAUGGUAUGUUCCACUAUCAGACAAAGAGAAGAAAAAGAUCACAAGAGAACUUGUUCAGACCGUUUUAGCACGGAAACCUAAAAUGUGCAGCUUCCUUGAGUGGCGAGAUCUGAAGAUUGUUUACAAAAGAUAUGCUAGUCUGUAUUUUUGCUGUGCUAUUGAGGAUCAGGACGAUGAACUAAUUACCCUGGAAAUAAUUCAUCGUUAUGUGGAAUUACUUGACAAGUAUUUCGGCAGUGUCUGUGAACUAGAUAUCAUCUUUAAUUUUGAGAAGGCUUAUUUUAUUUUGGAUGAGUUUCUUUUGGGAGGGGAAGUUCAGGAAACAUCCAAGAAAAAUGUCCUUAAAGCAAUUGAGCAGGCCGAUCUACUGCAGGAGAGUUUCUUUUCUUCUUGAAGGAUGUUUUUCCAGUGAAGAGGGAUUUCUCCCUAUGAAGAGUAUUCUCACAUUUAAUAGAUGCCACGUCAUGAAUAUUUUAAUGUCCCUGUGUACUAAAUGACUACUCAUCGAGUAUGCAGAAUUUCACAGAGGAAAUAGAAUGCUGAUAUACAUAUGAAAGAAAAUAUCCUUAGCAUGGUGAUUUAUUGUCUUGUAUAAUAAUAGUAGAACAUUUUAGAACUAGUACUUUUAUGAUUGUAUUUUUUUCCUGUUCACAUUCCAAACUUUUCUGCUUUAUUUUCAUUCUAUAUGUGAUCUUGAUACAGCUCAUUCCUCUCUGCAACUGAUUUAAUCUCAUCAUGACAAAAUAUGACCUAGAAGUGUUUUGAGUAAUAUUAAAUCUUAAACACAUACAUAUUAUUAAUGAACCAUCUGUGAUUUAUCUUAUAAGAGGAAAACAUGACAAUCAUUAAAAUGUUUACCAAAGAAAAUAUAGCUGAAGUGCUAGGUCAAAAUAAGCAGUGCCAUAAUAUAUAGUGUGGUUUGGUCUUCAAAUAUUGAGGUUAAAAAAAGAAACUAUUUUGUGUGAUUAUCUUACAAUCUGUAUGAGCUAAUGUGUUCUAAUGUAUCACAUAAAAGUAUAUGUGAAAAUAUUACAAGAAACUAAAAUUAAUUUGUACCAUUAUAUAAUAUUUAAGGUUAAAACAUUCAGUAUUAAGAAAUUUUGUAGUGCCACAUUUAUUGAAUCACAUUUGUGCUAUAUAAUAAUAUCAAACAAUCCCUUUAAGAACUUAUUAGAGAGCUAUGUCUGAAGUCUGUUCUGCAAUAUCUUGCUGAAUAAUAACUCUUUCAAAGCAUUAAUGCUGAGUUUAUAUAGUUCAAAAAUUCUAAUAUUCAUUCGGUUUUAAUACCUAAAUACUUAUAUUUUACUAGUGAUGGCAUUCUAAUAUAUUAAGUCCUCAUUUAAAUACUUCAUACUUUGUUAACUGUAGCAUUAUAUUUCUGAAUUUUAAAACCUUUAAUAUUGGUAACUAUUGCAUAUUCUUUUAAUAAAACAUGCAGCAUAUUUUUUUAUAAAAGGAAAAGAAUUCAUUGUUUAUAGAGAGCAUAAAGCCUAAGUUAAGUAAGUUAUUAAACAAUAACUUCACAAGAUGUUCAAAUCGAUUUACCACUGAAAGAAGAUCUAUGAAAAUGUGUUUUGACCAAACUUAGUAUUAGGUAGGUACACAGAUAAGAUUUUCCAUUCUUAACAUUCUCACUGUAAUGCACUACAUUUGAAGCACCUGGAUGUGCUAUCAGGUGGGAAAUUUAGCAUUAUAUAUUGGAAGCAUUGAGAAGCAUUGGUUUUUCAUUUCUAUUUUUCCCCUCCUUUCCUCCUCCUGCCCCACAAUAUAUUAUUCAUCUGGUUUUAAUGCUACAUAAAUAUGCAUUGUCUCAUGCCUGUUUGUGUUGGAUGCCUUGUGCUAAGCUGUAACAAAAUGUUGCUUCUUUUGCUGUCUGUAUACAGCUGCUUGCUUUAAAUUAGUAGAUUCUGAAAUAGCUUUCCUUGCAUGACUAAAAUAAAAGUAUUGCAUGUAAAAAAAAUAAAUAAAUAAAUAAAUAAAUUACAAAGAGGAGAAAAUAAGGUUAUUGCUUACUUUAUAUACAUUCACAAACACAGGCUAAUCAAAUAAUUGUUUAAAGUAUUGCUCUGAUAAGAAUUAAAUUACAUAUUUCAUAGGAAACAUUUUCUUUACAUUCGGAUUUUAUCUAUUAUUAGAAUAAUAAUAGAAUCUUGACUUUAUGUAACUCUAUAUUCCAAACAACUAGAAACUUUUCGAUAGCAAUUGUUCACCAUUUAAUAACAUUUUUCCAAGAUACCUAAUGCACUCAAGGACAAAAUAGCUGCCUUCCAGUGAUUUCCAGUUUAUUCAAUUUUCAGGCAAUCUGUCUGCCCCCACAAUGACAGAUUAUAGUUACAUUCUUGCCAUGCUCCGAACAGCUAAGCCAAUUGUUUUCAAUCUUUUUUCUUCAGCAACUCCAUCUUUUAAAGUACUUCAGAGUAGUUCCUGAAAGGAUUCCUCUUUAGUUAAAUGGCUAUACAGCUCUCCCAUCAUCCAAAAUAAUCAGUGGAGAGAUAGCAAUAUUUUUCAUUACAUUAGGCCAAGUUCCAUUGCUUCCUUCAUCUUGUAAUCUGAUCAGAAACACCACUAUAGAUUCAAUAAUUGAGUUUAGAGUUUCAGAGAAUUUGGGGUCACAGAACAUCUAUGUCUAUUUUGUAAAGAUUAUUGCAUAUUACUGAAAUAGCUUGUCAAACACUGCAGUCUGCUUAAAGUGUCAAAAUAGAAAUGUUGAAUGCUGUGUCUGCACAGAGUUCAUUUAAGCAAAGAAUCUACUAGGCUGUUAAUCUUAAGUCUGUUAAUGCAAAUUCCUGAAUACAGUUGACCCUCCGUACCCCCAUUGUGGGUGGAUUUAACUAACCAUGAAUCAAACAUAUUUGUUAAAAGAAAUACCAAAAAUAAUUUUUAAAAAGAAAUACAACAAUAAAACAAUGCAAAUAAAACAAUCCUUAUAACAAUUAUGUGCAUAGCAUUUAUAUUGUAUUCAGUAUUAUUAAUGUAAGUAAUCUGGAAAUGAUAUAAAGUAUACAAGAGGGUGUGUGUAAGUUAUAUGCAAAUACUAGGCCAUUUUAUAUAAGAAACUUGAGCAUCUCUGGCUUUUGCUAUGAAGGGAUGAUGGUGGUAGGAUUGGUGGUGGUCUUGGAACAAAUCCCCAGCAGGUACCAAGGGGGACUGUAGACCCCAAAGCUGUUUAGGAAUGGGUCACAGCAGCAGGAUUGAGGUAGGAAUGCUCCCCACAGAAAACAUCAACCACCUGUUGAUUUUUGAAUCUGCUCCUCUCAGGCAUGCCUUCAAAUGCUAUAACCUGGAGAUUCAACUCAUUUUCAUGCUGCUAAGUAGGAAUAGGUGAUUCAAUUCCCCAAGAAAGUGACAGAGGUCCCUGAAAUAUAGAUUUAAAGUUACAUAGUGUCAAAUGCUAGUCAUUUUCUUUUUGCUCGAUGGUAUCCUCUCAGAAAAACCUUUUAUAAUAUUUCUAGUUCAUUUACCAGAUUUAUAGAAUCAUCAAAUUGUCUAUCAAUGUGUUUUUCAAAUAUUUUGUGAAGUGCCUAGGGUAACAACCUAUUGUUCGAACGUAUUUUGUGAAGUGGCUAGGGUAACAACAUAAUGUUCGAACUUACGUUUGUAUUUAAAUACAAAUGUAUUUUGGUUGAGUGAUUACUCAAGGUCACUGAGGAAUCCACAAUGUUAACCUCCUGACUCUAGAACCAUUGUUAUAUAGAGAUAUAUAAAUAGCUGAUUUAAUAUUAUAGGCUUAGCAAAAUAUUUAAUAAAUAAGGUCUUAGUAAAACAACACACAUGUAUUUAUCCACUUAUUUAAUUUUGUUUUUCCAUUUCUUCUGAACAUAAGUUCCUGAGGACACGGGCCUUUUUUCACAGUUCAUUUUUGGAUUCCAACAUCUAGCCAGUACUUUGCAAAGAGCACUGAAUUUGAAAUAAAUUUCUCAGUUAAUGAUUUGAAUCAUAUAAAAUAUUUAGUAAAUUUGAAAACUAGUAACCGUGUAAAGUGAUUAAAACAAACAUACUAGAGGGUAAUAAUCCCCCGCCCCUUGCCUUCUUCCUUUACAUCCACUUCAUUCUUAUUCUUGUCUACUUCCCCUGCCCCACCCAGGGAACAUGGUUAGCCCAUCAACUGCAAAGAUUGUUCUCAUAUAAUAUUGGUCUGAUGGAUAAUGAGACUCUGAAAGUGGAACAUAAACAGAGAAAACAAAAACAAACAGAAAAGAACCCAAAAACCUAAAUCUUUAUCACAACAGAAUGUUCUGGGAGAGUCCCCUUGGAUUUAGGACACACAGGUCACCAAGGAAAUGGCCCUGUGCAAACUCACACCAUCAUGUGAAGUGGACAUCUGCAUUCUAGUGCUACACAGACUACACCGUCUGCUUCAGAGAGUUUGCAGGUGAUCUUCUCUCAGUCUGUCCUCCUCACAUUUCAGGUCCUUCACAGAGCCAACUCCUGCUCACUGUUAUCCUCAGCCUGAAAUCACAAAGCUUCCUUAUGUAGGCCUUCUUUAUCAACUCAGAUUAAAUUAAAACCUUUCCUCCCAGUGGACAACAAGGCACUUUUUAAUGUAUCCAUUAUCAUACUUCUCAAAUUUAUUUUUGCCAACUCUCUGCUUCCUUACUAAACUAUGGUAUCCAUAAGCGUAGCUUACAGUGCUCAACAUUUAUUCAUUAAUUGGACAGAUACUCACUGAGCUUCUACUAUGGUGAAUUGAUGUGCUGGAUGCUGAGAAUAAAACUUCUAUUUGAAUGGCGUGAUUCUCUCUCAUUGUCCCUACCUUUGAGACAGAUGUGAAUAAAAAAGCCACACAUUAUUACUUAAUUAGAAUGAUAAAUGUUAUACUAUCUAUGUGAGUAGUUGGAGCAAGUUAGUCUAGUGAGAGAGGUGAGUGUUUCAGGAAAUUCUCUGGAAAAAUUUGUAUGUAAGUUGAGACCUGAGAAGUAAACACAACUUCAUUAGGAGAGAAGAGCGUCCUUAGUUCUUUAGUGAGACUGGAAGGUGUGUGGAGUAAAAGCCUUAGAGAGGAGGAGGUGGUGGACACACAUUCUGAAAGAAGAAGUAUUCUAAAGCCAGGCUGGCCAGCAAGGAUUUUAUAUUACCGAAUCUUUUGGGUUUUUUUCCAUGAGAAUACUGUGAAGCCAUAAGCAAGGCAGCAAUAUGAGUAGAUCGGCAAUUAGAACAUGAUGGUGGACUUGGCCAAGAUGGUGAAAACAAACAGAAUAGAAUUGAAAAAUAUUUUGGAGUUAAAAAUAGGAGAAUUUAACGAUUCACUGAUUGUGGGUCUGAGGCAAAGAAGAUAAAAGUUAAAAAAUAUAAGAGGAAAAGCAAUAGUUAACACUCAUAAUGCACUUGCUAGGUACUAAUCAUUAAGUUUCUCACAUGUAUUAGUAGAUUUAAUUUGCACAAUAACCAUAAGAAGUAGGUGCUAUUAUUACUCAAACAUCAUCGAUGAGGAAAGUAAAUCAAAGGGUUAAUGAAUAACUUGCCCAAAGUUGUACGGUCAUAGGGUGGUUUGGUUCCAGAAUCUAUUACUUACACAUUACUCCUGGGCUUUUGGAAUGAGAAACUGAGGAUGGUGUUGCUAUAAACUGGAACAGGGAACAUUGGAGAAGCAGUGAAUCUGGGUUAAGGCACAAGAUGAUUUUUGAACAGGUUGAAUUUAAGGUGCCUCUGAGAUAGGCAGCUAGAGAUGACAGGUCUGGCAUUCUAAAGUUGAAUAUAAACAGAAGAUAUCAUUUUGGGACUUAUCAAAGUAGAAAUGAUAAUGAAAGCCAUGAGAUGCAUGAAAGCAUUCAGGAUUACAGUACAGAGUAAAAAAAGAAAGCCUAUGUGAAGUAGAGGAAGGGGUAUUGGCCUCAUUGUCUAGGGAGGAACUGCUAGGGU